ACACGUGAAUACGUCACUUCCGUCAACAUGGCGAUACCCAUGAUCAAGAAUCUGCAGCAAGAAGUUUAUUUAUCAUUUGGAAAAAGUUCUAUUGUUGUAAAAGUAGUGGCAGUGGCUGUGACGAUAGGAUAUUUUCUCUCGUAUGCUAAAUCGGUCGUACCGUUUCUAGCCGUCACACCGGGCUACGUGUUACCACCCAAUUUCUGGGUCUGGACUUUCGUCACCCAUAGCUUCAUUGAGUUUCAUUUCUGGGAAGUUCUGGCAGACAUUGCUGUGUUGAUUUUGUGUGGGAAACUCCUAGAACCGCUAUGGGGAGCCCUGGACAUGCUGAUAUUUUUAGCAGUGGUGAACACUGGCGUGGCACUAGCAUCUUCCUUCCUGUACAUUGGUAUUUACCUAGUUACCAAAAAUGAAGAGUAUCUGUUUGAGACUUACAUCCACGGACUGGUGGGAUAUGUAGCUGGGUUUUCAGUCGCUGUGAAGCAGGUUAUGCCUGACCACAAGUUGCUGAGUUCACCAUUUGGAACACUAAGAAACACUCACAUUCCACUAUUGCUGAUGUUUGUUACCAUCACAUUGCGACUUAUUAAUGUUGUUGACGGGCCCUACCCCUUUAUGUUUGGAUUUGGUAUUCUGAUCAGUUGGACGUAUUUACGAUUCUAUCAGAAGCACAGCAAUGGUAAUCGAGGAGACAUGGCUGACCAAUUUUCCUUUGCUAGCUUUUUCCCAAGCCGAUUGCAGCCCAUCGUAGCGAUUCUAUCCAACACAGUGUUCCUGGCCCUAGUUAAAAUAAAAGUUUGUAAGAAGCCGCAGAGAAAGUAUGAUAUUAGUUCCUCCGCGGGAAAUACCAUCACCAUUACCCUGCCCGGCACUGACCCCACAGAUGCUGAGAGAAGAAAAAAUGUAGCACUGAAACUUUUGAAUGAAAGAUUAAGCAAGUCGGACCAGCCCUCCAAGUGGCCUUCUAUGGAUGAUGAUGACCAGACCUCCCCCGUGUCCCCAGACUCCGCAGAUAGUGCCCCACCCCCAGACACCAAAUCUCCCAGUGUCAGGCUUCCUAUUCCAGACUUCAAGGAGAACCAAAUGGAGACGGAAGCAAACUCACAGACUUCGUGAUGAGUUAACUUGAUAUGAGAGAGAGAGAGAGAGAGAGAGAGAGAGAGAGAGAAUUGUCAUUAGCUGUACGGUCAGUUCUAUCUUUAAUUUAUCUUCAUAUGUUUAUGGAGCCAAUGUGUAUGCAUUUUUCCGUUAUGUCUUUUUUAUGCGAUUGAUAAUUAUGUUAAUAUAUGUAUGGAAUGUAGUGGUGAUAGUCAAAAGAUAUGUUUACAUACAAUAAUAUAUUUCUGUACCAUAAGUUAUGAAUAGAUUGUAAAUUUGUACUGUUGAUUUGAUGCAAUGUUAAGUUACAGUGUCAUUCAUUUGAUUUUGUAUCCCAAUUUAGUUGUUAUAAACUUAUGUUUAUGAAUGUAAAUUAAUAAUUAAAGAUACUAUGUAUUUUGUUUCUUGUCUUUAUUAACAAGCUUUUUCUAAGGGUUUAGUUGCAUCAUGAACACACUUGUAGAUAUAUCACAGAUAAGAUCUAAUUAGUAAGAUAAAAAAUUGUGAGUGAAAUUGUUUUCGUUGCCAUGUUUGAUUUUUGUUUUAGUUUGAAUUAAUCCAAAUGUAUAUAUUCAAUUUGACUAUAUGCAUGUCAUGUUUAGCUCUGAAUUUUCUGUUUGUUUUCCUUGCAAAUUGAAUACAAGGUUGACUAAUUGUUGUAAAUGUUAUUACUAUGUUUUAGUAUAGGAUAACGUUUUCCACUUAAGAAUAGAGAAGAGAAACAUAAAAUGAAUCAAUUUGUUUCGGAUAAACAAAUAAACUUAAAGUUAUGUUGAAAAGAACAUUAUUCACCUGGACAUUGAUUUAAGACGGUGUUUUACUUUAAAAUUAAUCAGAGUUAUCUCUCUUAUUUUUGGUCAUUGUGAUUAAAUUGAUUUAAAAAAUGUUGUUUGUCUUGGAAGAAAGUAAAGAUUGACUUUCCGUGUGUUUAAUUGAUCUCAGUUUUAUUCCUUUUAAGAAAUAAGAAAAGUUUGUGUGUGGAUUUUCCCCUGGAACAUUUCUCCAUAUAGUUUGUCAUAAUAUGAAUUUCGGUAUUAAUGCUCAUUGGUUUUUACUUAAUUUAACUGACAUACAGUUGAGAAAAUUAUUACUAUAUAUUUAUGUAUGAUCCAUAAAAGACAAAUUUUAUGAAUAAUUAGAAUAUUUUUGUUUUUGAAGAAACUGAUGCAGUUUAGCCAUAGUAUAAGAAAAUGAUACACAUUUAAAGAAUGAUUAUCUUGUAUAUGUGUACACACUAAUGUUAAAAGGGCUUUUAAAUUUUAAAGUGUGUUUUUAGUAAACAAGAAAACAAUCAAGCAGGGACACAUAACUUUGAUAAGACUUUCGAAUCAAAUGUAUUUAUUUUAUUUACUUGCAAUACCAAGUAUUUUUCUUACUAUUAAAUAGAACUAUAUCGGAUGGGAAAAAAUGACUGUACAACAAUCCAAGCUAGGUAUUUUUCAUUAGUAAUCAUGUAAAAGUAGUAUCCAUAACUAAUGAUUGAAUGAGUUCAAUCUGGAGUAUGGUUAUAGAGACCAUGUAUAAACUGCAUUUUAUAUUAUAACGCUGUAUUUUCUCUAUGUUCUACUCUGAAGAUUAUUUGUACAAGGCAUCUGCUUUAACAAGUAAAAUUUUAAAAUGGUUAA